AUGGAUGUGUCGAGAUCGAGGGAUCAGCGCCCCUGCGACAAUUGCCGACGAAGAAAGAUCCGCUGCUUGUUUGCAUCAUCUGAAGCGAUCAACUGUGUCUUGUGCGAAUCGCGUUCGACUGUGUGUACCUACAUUCAGAGCGCGCCGCGAAAGAAACGCCCCCUGUCAUCCAACGAUGACACCCCCCGGGGAGGACAGACCGGCAGCCGGCCCAAGCAGCGGUUGAGGCCCGGGUCCAAGGACGACACCGUAGUCAAGGAUUAUGCGAGUCUCAAGGGCCAGUCCCUCCUCAAGGAGACCCUGGGCCACCAGAACCGCCAGUCUAGUGCCAUUAUCGGCGCAACAACCGACUUUGACCCUUCCUUGACACACGCCGUGUCAUGGAACGCCAAAGGAGAGUGCCCGUCGUUUCAAGCACAGCACAUUCUCCGUCGGGCGAAUCAAAAUGUCCACUUCGUCAUGAGGCCCGACACGCAGGAUGAAAUGGACGCCGAGCUCACAAACCUCGAUGCCAUUGAAGACUUUGUGUCGCCUCACGGUCCUGAGCUCGUCAACCUGUAUUUCCGCAUCGUCCACCCGAGCUUCCCCAUCCUCCACAAAAAGGUCUUCCUCGAGAAGUACGGUCGCAGCUACCGCGAACUGACGCCGACAGGACUGGGUGCCGUCUACAUCAUGGCGCUGAACUGGUGGUCCUAUAGCCCUGCGCUCUCCAGCAUGUCGAAACCGGAUGCCCAUGUGCUCGAGAGCAAAGUUUUGAAGAUGCUGUUCGAGGUCCACAAGAGGCCCAAGAUUUCCGACCUUCAAGGCGGUCUCGUCCUCAUGCAAUCGCCCAAUGUGAGCUCGUGGGCUCUCGCCGGCCACCUCAUUGCCAUGGCCCAGAAUCUUGGCAUGAACUUCGAUUGCAGCGACUGGCAGGUGCCCGACUGGGAGCGAGGCGUUCGGAAACGUGUUGCCUGGGCGCUCUUCAUGCAGGACAAAUGGGGGGCACUGGUGUAUGGCCGUGGAUCCCUGUUGCGGGCUGACGACUGGGACGUCCAACCGCUCACGGCAUCCGAUUUUCCCGAGACGUCCAAGGACGAUGACCUCGAAGAAGGGAGCGCCGAGAUUGAGAAGGGCAAGCAGACUUUUCUGCACAUGGUGUCUCUGACGGAGAUUGUUGCCGAUAUUCUUGACCAAUUUUUUACGUUGCGUGCCACGCGAAGACGACAAACGAUCGAGCAAGUCUUGGAGUUGGCGAAACCACUCCAACUGCGGCUCAAGGCGUGGCUGACAGCGCUGCCGACUGACCUCUCGGUCGGUGAUACUGUGCCGCGAAAGCUCUCGUCGGUAGGCUAUCUUCAUUUGGCGUACUACACGGCCGAGAUCACCCUGCAUCGCGCGAUUCUGCGGUCCCACUCCAUGGCGAGCCCGGCUCCGGACCUGUAUGCCAUCACGCGCCUCGCUGCCAGCACGCGAUUCACAUCGGCCCUGGACUUUGUCAAGCGGCUCAAGGCCGAGCACCUCCAGAGCUUCUGGUACUUUUCUUCGGGCCUCAGUCUCGCCAUCAUUGGGCUCUUUGCGGGCAUUCUGUGCAUGACGAGUCAGGACAGGGAGGGUGCCGAACGCGAGGCGCUUCUCGCCAAGCUCGCCGAAUACCGCUGGCUUUUGCGCAUCAACAGCACCAGUGCCGAGUUUAUGAAAUACAGCAUCGGCGUGUUGGACGCGAGGAGCCAGCUCAUGGAGCAACAGAUUCCUUUGCAGGCGGUCCUUCACGCGGCGCAAUCGGUCAGGUCAGCCUCGCAGCUUGACCCUGUCGAAUAUGGUGAUGGCGACGACGAUUCGCCCUUUACCGACGACCUGUUGCUGUCGCCCAACGAUGGCGACGAGGUGUGGCAGCAGCAGCAGCAGCAGCAGCAGCAGCAGCAGCAGCAGCAGCAGCAGCAACCGCUGCCGAAUGCUUUUGAGCAGCAUUACUAUGGCUUCGAGGCGUCAGGCCUGGUAGACGCGACGUUAUCGUCAAGCGAGACGCAUCAAUUCUGGAUUGAUGGUGACGGGUGA